UGUGAACUCAAUACAGUAAAAGAUAUUGACUUUGACUUGUUGGUCAUCAUCCAAAAUAUGUACCGACUUUUUUUCUGUUUGCUGGCAACUCAAGUUUUGCAAAAGGAUAGGGAAAAUUCAGGCGCAGUGCAGGAUUUGAAGUUUGAAGUCUAGAGUACCGGUCAACUUAGGUUUUGCUACCGCUAAGACGAUGUUCUUGCUGAGGAAUGUCGGCAGUUGCGAUGAUGAGAUGCAAACUCUCACAAGCAAAAUUGAAAUUUUGAGCUGCCAAGAAGCUGAUGUAAUUGCAAAGCUGCAAGAUGAGGAGCUUCGAACGAGAAAAAAACGAAAAAGAGUGGUUGAGAAUUGGUCGGAAAAUGUGCAAAAGAAGAAAGAUGAAUUUCAAAGUUUGGAACAAGAUGUACAACGAACCAAUUCUAUUUUUCUAAAUCUACCUUUGAAAAAACGUGCUAAGAAAAUGAUAAAUGAAGUGACAGAACUUGUUGAGCAAGGUAAAUUCCCUGAGGGACUGGUACUCAAUGUGCACGACACCAAAGGCGCCAUUAUUGACAGAUAAUUUAAUGGGCGUUGGAUUUCAACAAAUUUUGGAAUACGUUAUGAAUUGCUUAACGAAAGAUGAUAUCAAGCGCAUUGGAAUUUAUGGAAUGGGGGGAUCGGGGAAGACAACCUUGGCAACCCAUAAUCAUAAUUUACUUCUACAAAAUUCUGAAAAUUCUGGUGUCCGUGUUCAUUGGCUCACCGUAUCGCAAGAUUGGAGCAUUGAUAAAUUGCAGAAUGACAUUGCCAGAAUAUUGGGGUUGGGUGACAUCUCAAGGGAGAAUGAGAGGAAGACCUCUUUCUGACUCUGAAGCGUGGGAAUUAUUUGUGGCGAAACUUGUGCCAGAGGGGAUUGAAGUUCCAUGGCAAAAAAAUCCACAAAUAAAAGAAAUUGCAAUGUCCAUGGCAGAAAAAUGUGGUGGUCUGCCACUUGGGAUAAUAACAAUGGGUGGAAGCAUAAGGGGGGUGGAUGAUACCCGGGAAUGGAGGAAUGCAUUGGAAGAACUAGAAGUAUCCAUGAUGAGGCAGAAAGACAUGGGAGCUGAGGUGUUCCCUAUAUUGAGAUUUAGCUAUAGUCGCUUAAGGGAUGAAUUGCAGUGUUGUUUCUUGUAUUGCGUGCUCUACCAUGAAGAUUGUAAAAUUGAAAGAGAGGGAUUGAUAGAAAAAUUCAUUGCAAGUGGACUAAUAGGUGAAAGAAAUACGAGGCGAGCACAGUUUUAUAAGGGACACACUAUGUUGAAUGAACUUGAGAAUGCCUGUGUACUGGAAAGUUGUAAGGAUUACAUAGGUAGGGAAUGCGUAAAGAUGCAUGAUUUGAUGAGAGAGACGGCACUGGAGAUUGGAAGACGUCGAUUCAUGGUAAAAGCUGGUGUGUCUUUGAAGGAAAUGCCAGAUGAGAAGGAAUGGAAGGAAGAUCUGGAGAGUAUUUCCUUAUCGUAUAAUUGCAUAAAAGAAAUUCCAACAGGCAUGUCACCAAGGUGUCCUAAAUUAUCAACCUUGUUAUUGAAUAAUAACCAUGGUUUAAAAUGGAUUCCAUAUAGUUUUUUCGCACAAAUAAGUGCCCUUCGUGUUCUGGAUUUAUCCUGUACUGGAAUUGUGGAUUUGCCGAGUAAUGUUUCGGGUCUGGAGAAUCUCACUGCAUUGUUUCUUAUGGGGUGCAAAAACCUCAGAUAUGUGCCUCCUUUGGGGAAACUUGGGGCAUUACAGUUGUUGGACCUCACUGGUACUUGUAUUGAAGAAGUACCGCAAGGAAUGGACAUGUUGGUGAACCUCAAAUGCCUAUUCAUGAAGCUCGUCGAUUCAAGUCUGGAGGUGUUACCACGUGGGAUGUUAGCCGAACUCUCCAGUCUCCAAGUUCUUCGAACUGGUCUUCAAAUUAAGGUACGAGGAGUGGAAUUGGAGAGGUUGGGGCAGUUGGAAGAAUUUGAAGGGCGGCUGUGCAGUAUGUCUGAUUUUAAUGGAUUUGUUAAAUCCAAGACGUGUAGGCAGUUGAACAUCUGCCGUCUUCACGAAGGCAAUUUUGAAGGUUAUGAAGAUCAACCAUGUAAAUAUGGUAUAGUAGUGAAGUUUAGAAAUUGCAGUCUGAAGAAUGAAGGAGAAGGUGGGCUUUUGAAGCUGCCACACAACAUUCAAUACCUGGAAAUUGAUGAAUGCCACUGUAUCAGUAGCUCAUGUGAUGUUCCUCCCUCAUUGAUCAAUAAUGCAAAAGACUUGAAAGAAUGUGGAAUCUAUGGCAGUGAUGGGAUAGAGUGCAUACUGUCACAGGUUGAAGAGGAGUUUCCAAGUUGCGGUCCACUUCUACAAAGCCUUGAGAUAUUGAGACUUUAUCACUUGCCGAAAUUAAGUGGGCUGAUUAAGUACAGUAGUAGGGGGGGAGUAACUGCAACUCCCCCACCUGGCACCCUUUCCAAUCUUAAAGUGCUGAGAAUUGAAAGUUGUGACAAAAUGAAGAAGCUGUUUACGCCUAGGUUACUGCAGCACCUCUUAAACCUUGAAACUAUUGAUGUCUCUUGGUGUUAUGGAAUGGAGGAGAUUAUAGGAGAUGAUGGUUUUGCAAGCAAAAAACAUCUUUCUUCAUCUUCUACCACUUUCUCCCUUCCAAAUUUACGGGAAUUGUCCCUGUUUGAUAUCCCAGAAUUGGAGAGCAUCUGCAGGGGGUUGAUGGUUUGUGAUCCCCUUGAAGUUAUUGGAAUAGCUGGGUGUAGAAAGCUGAAGAGGCUCCCUUUCUCUCUGCCCCUUGUUAAUGGCCAACCUUCUCCUCCCAUCUCUCUUAAAAAAAUCAAAAUAAGACGACAACAAGAAAGAUGGUGGGAAUCACUGGAGUGGGACCACCCCAAUGCUAAGGAUGUUCUUCGACCAUUCAUUAGUGAGUGGUAGCGGCUCCAUGCGCGGUUCAGGGAGUACUAGAUAACCAAAGCAUUACCAAGUCAGAAUCACAUCUCAGGCGUUGGCCGUCCGCAGUAGGAAAAACACACACACGAUGUGAACAAAGUCUCUUGGCAGAGCACAGAAAGGAUUGAUAGCAAUGUAGCUUUAGUGUCAAAAAUUUCUACUACUAUCUGACAGACCGAAGCUGUAACUAUUGACUUCCUAUAUCUCUAUCCGUCAAUAAUUUGAUUAUUGUCUCUACUUCGGUUGGAGAAACUGGAGUUGAACUCAACUUUUAUUGUUGUAACGUUACUACAAAUUAAGAAUAUACUAUUUUGGAAUAAUUGGUGUAAGAAUGAAAAAGGGUGAUUAGCCAGUGUGGUCUCGUUAAUCCAGGGUGAUGGAAGGGGAAAACUAGAUAUGCAC